AUUGGGAGCGCGCGCGGCCGCACUAAACGUAUGCAAGCGAGCUGCGAUUUUGGCAACACUAGUUUCGCAGCCGAGUUCGAGGCCCGUUGCACUCGGCCAAUAAUGCACCUUUGCGAAUUCGCGCCUCUUCUUUUUGGUGACCCCAAGAGUGGAGGAUAAGAGACACAAACCUUAAGACAAGACGCGAAGAGAGAGAGAGAGAGUGAGCGCAAGAUUAAAACAAAAACACAACAGCCUUAAACAGAAGCAGCAAACAUGGAGUGGCUGCUUGGAGGGCCGCAACUGCAAAACACGGGUUCCCAACUCGGAAUGCAGGUCGGCAACACCUAUCGUGUCCAGGACACUUGUCAUGAGACGCUGGUGGAGCUGCUGGCCAAGCUUUCGUCCGAGGACAGAACUUUGAGGACCUUCCGGCGAGCCUUGGGCUUUUCGCAGAUCAUCCAGAAGGACUUGGUGCCGUUGUUGAUCCACGAGAAGAACGACGUCAAAAUAAUAGACGCGUGCAUCCGUUUGCUGGUCAAUCUGACCAUUCCCGUUGAAUGUCUUUUGCCGAUGGAAAUCAUGGCGCGGACCGACGCCGGUCGCCACACCAUCUACGAGCUCAACAACCUGCUGUUUUCGGCCAAGGACGCGUUCGUUGAACCCAGGUCAACCAAGAGCAUCCUUGACUUCAUGAGAAAAAUCAUCGACCAAGAUGAAAAGUUAAGCUUGGAACAGUGCGACGGAAUCAACAACUGUUUGCUUCUGGUUCGCAACAUCCUCCACAUCCCUGAACAGUGGCCCGUCUGCGCCCCCACAAACACGCCAUGCAGCAAACAGAACAUGAUUCUCUGGAAUCUGUUUGCGCAAGGCAUCGAUAAAGUCCUCAUCUACCUGAUGACCUGCCCGCAGAGAGGCAUUUGGAGUAUUACGAUGGUGCAGCUGAUUGCCCUGACCUACAAGGACCAACACGUGGGCACGCUGCAAAAGCUGCUGAAUCUCUGGUUCGAGGCGUCGCUCAGCGAGAGCUCCGAAGACAACGAGAGCAACACUUCGCCGCCGGAUCAAGGCUCAGGUGACUCUUCCCCAAUGCUUACGUCGGAUCCUACGUCAGACUCAUCAGAUAAUAGUUCCGCAAGUACGAACAAAAGCAACAACAUGGAUACUGGUUGCAACAACAAGCAGCAUUCACAACGGAUGCACACCGACCACAUCAAAAACCCGAACAAAAUUGCCGCAGAAAUUGCACGCAAAGCUCAACCCGCAGGUGCUGCAGGUUCAGGCACGAGCAGGGGCAAAGGUGGUGGUGGAAAAACCCAGCACAAAAAGGAAAGACAGCAAUCUGGUGAGCCCGAAAACCAAAAGCAACAGAACCAGAGCCAAAACUCAGAGCAAGCCUUGAGCGUUGCCAGCCCAAGCGGUAGCAGCGGAAUCGGUGGCAGCAGAACGACCUCCUCUGUCUCGACGGCCACCCCCCAACCGUCCCCCGGGUCAAGUAAUUCCAAUUCGAGUGGUCGACCACCCUCGCCAGUACCGUCUACGUCUUCCUCCGGAGCGUCUACUGCAUCUAUGCAACCAGCCACACCAAACGCCACACAGAAUAAACCAGGAGGACCAGGAGUGACCAGCAACCCGCACGUAAAAAGAAGCUGCAUGUCGUCCUCCGAGCUGUCAGACUACGGCUACGGCACCCAAGUUGAGAACCAGGAAUCCGUUUCAACAUCGAGCAACGAAGACGAUCUGCCGCAAAACAGGGGAAUGAAGCCGGUGCACCAAAAGCCGCACAAUCCCAACAAGAUCAGACAACACAAGCCGCCCGCGUCGCAGACCAACUGCGAUAAAAAGGAAUGGAGACGGAAAAAACUGGUCAAACGGUCAAGGACCAAUAUACUGAAUGUCAAAGCCCUGAUGCAGCACACGCCUACGGACGAAGACAUUUCGCACCUUUUGAAGGAGUUCACGGUUGAUUUCCUCCUGAAGGGCUACGGCCCUUUAGUCCAAGAGCUUCACCUGCAGCUGCUGUCCGAGCUGGGGAUGCCUGUUGACACUUCGCACUUCUUCUGGCUGGUCACCUACUUCCUCAAGUUCGCGUCGCAACUCGAGCUUGAGCUUGAGAACAUCGGGCCUGUUCUAUCCUCCCGAGUUGUUUCGUAUCUCACCUUUGAGGGUGUCAACGUCUGUGAGCAGCUGCAGUUGGCGCUGAUGCAACAGGAAAUGGAUCUCAAACCAUGCCUAAGACGACUUCAUUUGGUUGUCACUGCAGUCAGAGAAUUCAUUCAAGCAGUGGACACGUACAGAAAGUCUAAUAACCUCAGCCAAGAAGACAAAGAUUUCUUGACACAGUUGCAAAGUGAGAUCUGCGCCAUGGGAGACCUGCGAUGUCUGUUCGUUUUAUUGCUCAGACAGUACAAUCCCAACAUGCAAAGCAAACAAUACCUUCAGGACCUGAUUGCAACAAAUCACAUCCUCCUCCUCUUCCUUGAAAACAGUGGUUCGCCAUCAACAAGCUCAACCUUCAACAUGACUGAGCACAUCAAACACUUUUCAACGCCUGAAAUGAUGCUCCAGUACGGAAGACUGCUUGAAAGUUUUCGAGAAAACGGGAAAUUCGUGAACGACUGUGUUUUCACAAUGAUGCACCACAUUUCUGGCGACAUGAAUCAGGUCGGAUCUCUCUUCCAACCUGGCAUCCUGAAGACAUUCUCCCUCAUCUGGGAGGAGGACUUUGAAGUUUGCGAUGACUGGUCCGACUUGAUUGAGUACGUGAUUCACAAAUUCGUGAACACGCCUCGCCGAGGACACCCCAUGUUGCCUUUGAGCAGUGUUGACGCCGAGUUAAAAGUCGAGGAAGUGCCAACUGCACGACCACAACCCCCAACGCUUGAACAAAAUUUGUGCAGAUGGACCAAGGAGGAGUGUGAUAUCCUUUACUGGUACUACGUGCAAAGUGCUCAGAGCACCGACCCAAUUGAUAACAUUCGCAACAUGUACGUCGAGAAUGGUUCCUCGAGCAAAACCCGAGUCGCGAUUAUCGAACAACUUUACACCCAAGACAUUAUUCCGCACGCGCAGUACCUUGAACUUCUGAAGCAGGAAGCAGUCGUAAGCUUUAAAGGUCUGCAAGGAACGGUGGUCACUGAGAGCAUGGAGGUGGUCAACAGUUCCGGCACGAGCACACCUACCAUUCUUCAAGCCAGCUCGAGCAACCUCGAUUCACAGGAAAAACAACAGCAACAGUCGUCUGACGAUAUUGGCAGCAUUAUUGCUCUUCUUAUCGCCGAGAACCACGCUUCGCAGAUGUCGUGGCUGCAGUCGGCGCUGCUGGAGACGUGCUACGUCAAGUUGCACUACAGGACCCUGCAGGCGGCUCAAAACAACUUGAGCAUGGAGCCCGUCCCCUUCCACUAUACGCUGAUGCGUCAGAGUGUGCCGCUGGUGCCGUGGAACCUGGAGCAGAGCACCAUGUUGGCGUACCCGCCUUUUGUGCUUCUGCUGCACAAACUUGGCCUCCAACUGCCAGGUGACGUGGGCAAGGUGUUUCCCAGGAUUCCGCACUUCUGGACCGCCGAGGUUCUGUACGCGACGGCGCUUAAACUUGGCCCCAUCAACUCCAAUUUUCUGAAGUUUGAUCCUCAAGAGUUGAGUUCAAGUUCGCGAAGUGGAUUGCAAGUAAUGCCGAUGGUCGAGGUUGAGGAGACCAGCCUGGCCGGACCGUCCAUGAGCAGCGACGUCCAGCAAGAAGUGCCGGCCGCCCUGUCAGUCCAGUUCGCGCCAAUGCCGGAGGGCAACACUAAUUGGAUGCAACUCGUUACCAAGGCAAAGAGGUCGAGUAGGGAGCAAUCGCCAUGCGGGGACCUGGACUCGACCCUCAGCAAAAUGUCCAUCUCGGACGACGACACCUGCACGUCCGCCAACGAAGAAAAAGCUCGGUCGCUUUCACCGCCAGGGCCGCUGCCUCUCCACACCCUCAACCCCCAGACCAGCACCAUUUGAGAAAAAGAAAAAAAUCCUAUACACAUCUCCAAACGUCAAAAUGUGCGGGCACAUUCGACAUAUAUUUUUAUUUAAACUAUUUUAAUCUUGCCAAUAAAUGCCAAUUUUCAUAUAUACACUCUCAGUUUUUGCGAAACCAUCACAGGUUGAUUGAUUGAUUUGCAAGAAAUCGUAACUAUAUAUUUAUCUCGUUUAUAAUGGUUUGAUGUUGUUUCAGUAAUUUUGAAUAGUUUAAUGAAGUUGAUUUUAGUAUUUGAUAGUUUUAAUAAUAUGUCGAAGUGUGCGAAUUGAAUUUUUUAAUAAAAAUUUAAAUCGAUACAUCUUUUUUUUAAUUUUUGACGAGAUGUCAAUUUUGCCGUUUGUGCUCUUGAAAUUAUACAGAAAGAAGAAUAUUUUGAUAUGCACUUAGAUUAUAUAAUAUCAAAUAUUAUAAUGAUUUUAUUGUAUACGAAAUACAUUAUGAUGGAAUACCUAUCCACAAAAAUAGCAAAAGUUCUGGAAUCAUAAAUGUAUUUUCAAUUCCAGGCGUGUAAAAACGAAUACCUCAAGAGAAUCGUGCGAUGGAUAUGAAUUCAAAAUGUCAAGAGAAUUAGGAUAGAACGUGUGUUUGAUGUAUUAUGAGACUACACUGUCGCUUUUUCUAGCAGUUUUAUGCAAAAAAAAAAGGACAAACCGAGAAAAAAUUUUGUUUGCAGUAGAUUUUUUUUCUCUAUGUAAGCAGUUGCAAAUGAAUAGAAAUAUGAGAUUGAAUCAAGAAAAUGCAAGAAAACUAAAUUUCGCUCCAAGUAUUUUUACUUGUAAUAAUUGUAAUUUUGCAUUGAAUUGGUAAAAAAUAAAGUUACUAAUGAUGGAAA